AUGUUGAGCAGAAGGCAGACAUGGGAAAUAAAGAAUGGCGGUUUUGGAAAAGGGGCAUUACGUGAAGGAUAUGUCGACACUCAAGUUGACGUGGAGCAUGAAACGAAAGAGGAUAGAAUGAAGAAAGUGGAGCAAAUGGUAGACAAGAAUGAAGGCGAAAAGAAAAAUGUGACGUUUGAGAUUGAGCAUGUUCGUAUGGUUGAAAGUUUAAUGGCUGAGACAUUAAGCAAAAAAAAGUUGUUAAAUAAAGAGUUGGAUGAUAUUUGUUACAAAUAUCCAAAGAAUGAGAAGGUUGAAGAGUUGGUGAGGGAGUAUGAUAGAACGUUUAGAGGUGAAAACAAAAUGUCGGUUUUGCUAAGCACAAAGGAGAUGGGUGACAACAAAGAAAACAAAGUGAUGGCGCGUGAAAAAGACAAAAAGGUUAAUGUUAAAAUCAAAGGUGGGAUGAAGGUGUUUACAAGGUCAAGAAAAAGAAGUUUAAAAGAUGAAGGUGAUGUGUUAGACGGUGUAUCAAAAAAUGACGAAUGUGGUGCAACGAAGGUCGAUGGAGUGACACAAAACGAUGGGGAUAUAAAGUUAGACAAAGUUAUCGGUGAGACCAUUAAGUGGGCAGAAACGGAAAAGAGUGUUAUGAAGAGGCAAACACGUAGCAGGAAAGAAGUAGAUAACACCGUACCGAGUUUUGAGUUGUUGUCACAAAGCUCGCAAAGCUCACAAAGUUCACCAGAAGCAGACAUUGGAACAAAAGUGCAUGCGAGUGUUAAAGAUACAAAGGUAAACGCACAUGUGAGUGGUAGAGAUACAAAUGUGGUUGACAUGAAUGAGCCAUUAAAUGAUGAUGAAAAAACGUUAUGGCAAUAUUUGCUGACAACAAUCGACAACAAACGAAGGGCGGAGAGCAAAAAAUGUAAUGUGGACGAUAAAGAAAUAGAUGUUGAAAAGGAGAAGAAAGAGUGUAGGAAGUAA